CGUAAUAAAAACAAAACAACCCAUAACCCCACCUCCCCCUUCUCUGACUUCUCUUGUAGCUAAUUCCUUUGUGGAUAUAUCAUUGGCACUAUACACUUACUUCCUGCUUGCAGCAAAUGGGGCUCUGGGUUUUGUGGGAGGGGUGGAAUGUGGUGGACCAGAUGGACCUCAAAAGUUCUUUCCAGCUCUGUUAUUCAUAGUGUGGGGUUGUUGUUUUGAUUAAAAGCAUGCGUUAUACAAACUGUGCAAAAGUUUUGCCUUUUGAGUGCCACUUUUUUUAAAAAAGCAAGUGGCAUUUCCAAGAACCUUCCACACAUGUCUCAUCUUAGUCAUUGGUAGAACUGUGGCAUGAUGACGUGUAUGGGGUUGGGAUGUGCUGUGAAAAUACCUUGAAUUACUUGGAAUUAUAUGGAAGAGAUUGGGCUAUGUAUAAAAGAAGAAGCAAGUGGCUUCUUCCCACUUGGAAGCACCAUUGUGUCAGUUUUAAAUAACACUUUGGUGGUGGGGACAUUUUUUAGUUCUCUUUGUGAAAUGUUGCGCCCACUUCAUAACCCACAGUAUACAAUUUCAUUCCAACCUCGCUGAGAAACACUGAGUGGCAUUUUAUCUUUGACAGAGUAAAUGUGACAGGAUAAAUGUGGUUUGUAUUGAUUUCUGUGUCUAGUGCAAGAAACGUCUCAAUCCUAUUAUGAAUUGGUGCUGAAUGCUCUGAGAGACAAAAAUGAAAUGGAACAAGCAUUACUAGGAGUGGAGAAGAAAAGGCUGGAAAACAAAGAUACAGAGAUCUCAGAUCUGAAAUCCAGCCUGCAGUCGCUGACGGAGAGUUUGGAGCAGCUCACAGCCCAGCAGAAAGAGCAACACUUGAAGCUCUGUGAGCGGUUGGAACACCUGCAGCUCCCUAGCCUCCUGGCUGAUUUGCAAACAUUCAUUUCUGCACCCAGAGUACCAAUUCAUAUAAAGGACAGUGUUUCCCAGACUUCCCCAGACAUGAUGUCCAAACAGGUACCUAACAAUUCCCACUCAAGUGAUGCUCCUCCAGGCAGCCGGGUCAUUUCGGCUGCCACAGCCUCACAGGGCAAAGAAAAUGCUGACAUUCAGCAGAGCAGCCGUUCUGGGGCUGGGAGCCGUGAUGCUGACCGUCCUGAUUGCACCUGCCGCUCCAGUGCAGCCACUGCUGCAGGCAGCCACCAGGAAUGCUUGUCAUAUACUCAAGGACCAAGUCUAUCCACACCACUGAGGAAAGUGAUCAAGAAAGGCAGUCGGGCAAAGGGACUUAACACUCCAAAGCAGCCACUGUUGAACUGGACUCACAACGACAGUGCAAACAGCCACAAAAGUGAAAAGCUUGCCAGAGAGAGCAUGGUACAAAUUAAAGGUGGAGGAAGCAGGAUGAAAAGAGAACCCCCAAAAUAUAGUGAGAGGAAAACACUUUAUUCCUCCAGGAAAGGAGGGAAUCAUUCAAAGGUUACUACUAAUGCCAGACAAGGGUUUUCUAAGUCCAUCAAGUCUCCACACCUUCUGCUCCAAUUCCAUGAAAAUUCACAGAAUAUACCAAAUAUGCCAGUAACGUCCGGAGUUAAAAAGAAAGUGGAUCUUUCUUGUUCAAAAAACAAUAGUUUCUGGGCAGGCUCCUCUCCAGAAAGCUCCUUUUCCGAAAACCAAGUGAGAUGGCUCAAUCUCUCUGAUGAUUACUCAUCUGCUUGUGGUAAACCAGCCCAGCAGAAGACUAGAACAUAUUGCCCGUUAUUUUUUGACAGUGAUUUUUCUGAUUAAGAGUGUUCUCUAAAAGAUGCUUCUUGUAUGUAAUCAUCUUAGUAAUAUGUUGUUAUGAAAACCUUUUGUGCAUCACAAGCAGUAAUAUGCUCCUUUCUGCAAAACUCCCAAAAUGCAUCACUAUAACCUUGAGCAAAAUUAUCUAUACCUGGCUUCCUUUUAAAAAAAAAUGCAUUGGGCCUAUUAAGAUGUUCCUUAACCAGAUAGAAAACCUGGGGUAAGUCUCAGACUUCCUCAUCCUUCACAAUCUGAUCUUAGGCUGUUCCAUAGUCUAAUAAAAGCAGGAACUCCGUUGAACCUGCCUCCCCCGCAGAAUCCAUCCCCAGAAAGAAUAACUGAUCUCUGCGGUGGCAUUUUGGGAGAUACACUAUGUUCAAACAAAAUACAGCAUAGAUCUGCCUUCAUUUUCUUCCCGUGUCAAGGAGAUGGGAGGAGAUUGUACAUGUGCCUGAGACACUUAAAGGGCUGAGACAUCUCAACAGACCCUUUGAUAUCCUCCUUCUCCCCCGAAAGUGUGUCAUCUAAAAACAGAACAAAACCUGUUAUGUGUGUUGUGUCCAAUAAAGCAGUUAUUGUUUACUUCGGGCAGUGCUGGUACAGUGGGUUUGGGCAGGGGAACAGAGUAAAAGAUGCAAUUGCUUUUAUUUCUGAUGUGACUGUUUGAAAGUGUUAGUUAAGAGUGCAUAAUAAAAGUCCAAUAGAUAGUUAUUGGCGCGCUACCAAUAAAGUUGGAAACGUUCUUGUAA